AUGUCAAACCAACCUUUUUCCGACAGUCGUCGUCGCCACAGUGGUCCCGGUGGCUUUAGUUCCACCGGUAGAAGGACUGCUCUCGGUUAUUGGCUUCCUCUCGCUCUCACUGUCGGCGUCGCCGCCGUCAGCCUUGCUACUUGGGUAUGGAGCGAACGCCGCGACGGUGAAGACGACGAUGAUUAUUACGAGGAUAAGGAACACCACAAACGAAGGGAUGAAAAUGUUCCAGGAGGAUUUCAACCUGGCGCUGAGAGCAGCCAGCCGGAAAGUGGAUACGCGAAGGCGACCGGGGCCCAUGAUGGAGCUCACCCGGAAGAUGCGAGUGUCAUAUCGCGAGUCCAAGGUGCAUUGCGACGAACCCCAAGUCCACAGCAACUGUUCGACGGCGCUAGCAGGAGAGUCGCUGCUGGAGUGGCUGCUGCUGGAGCUGUUGUUGGAGGUGCGUUGACUGCGAUCCGCGAAGAGGGACCGAACGAUUUUGAAGACCAUUCCCGAUGGACUGAGGAAGCGAAUUCCCGAAGUGUUCUUGCGACUGCGGGACCUCGCGCCAUGACAGGAGCAUUGCCGCCUCCAUCUGUGGCUCCAACGGCACAUGCACCUAAAACAAAGUCUAGAAAAACCGUGGCCAUCGUGGUGUCUUCUGUUGGAUUUGUGGAGGAUCAAGACGAUUCGGAAGGGCAAAUACCAGAACAUUCUAUCCUGUCCCAUCUCCCUGAAUACGUCGAACCCGAUACUGCACGAGUUUUCGUCUUGAUAUAUGCUCCUGGGUUGCAAGCUCACUCAUCCAAUUCCCCAAGUUCGUCUCGACCCACACCUUCUCUUUCCUCUUCCUACGCCAACAUUUCCCCGGAGGAGGGAACUGUAGAAAACACACAAGAUGUGUCCAGCCUCGAUAUCAUUGAACCUCGUCCUGCAGGGGAUGAUUUCGGGUCGGCGUCGCCCCUUUUCAAGGCUCUCUACAACCAAGCCCAGUCACUGGUCGACAAGGAGACAAUGAUUCUACCCUUUAGCACACCAACUGGACACGUUCACAUGCUUCGACACCUCUCUCCAGAAAUUGUAUAUAUCCAAGAAAGCAUGACCGGCAAUGACGGUGAGUCGGUUAACCAAAUUACCGCAUGGGUUCGACAAGUUGUUGUUGUAGUUGGUGCGGAGGGCGGGCGCGGUGGGUUGGUAGAUAGUGACGACGAGUCUGCAAUAGGUGCAGAUAAGAGUGAAAAAUGGUGGCAGAAAGAAGGAGUAACAGGCCUAGGCAAGCGACUUGAUGUGGUUGAUGGGCUAAGAACUGGGGAAGACUGGAGACGGCGUGUCUGUGGCCAUGACUGA